AUGUCACACGAACACGAUGUCAAUGACAACAAAGAUGUUUUAUUCUAUCAAGCCGAUGAUGAUCAUUAUGUUCCACGUGCGGUUUUAGUCGAUUUAGAGCCACGUGUCAUCGGCGGAAUGAUGCAAAGUCCGAAUUUUUCGAAUCUCUUCAAUACAGAUAACAUAUUUUUGUCGGAUCACGGAGGAGGUGCUGGAAAUAAUUGGGCAAGUGGAUAUUGUCAAGGAAGAGAAGUUCAAGAGAAAAUUGUGGAUAUUAUUGUGCGAGAAGCUGAGAAUACGGAAAAUUUGGAGGGUAUUUUGUUGACACAUAGUGUUUCUGGAGGAACUGGAAGUGGAACAGGAUCGUUGUUGUUGGAAAGAUUGAGAGAAAUGUGAGCGAUUUUUUUUAUACAGAUGAUUAAACAUAAAUUCAGUGAAAUCCGAGUUAUUAAAAUUUUUCUGAAACGUAAAAAAUCCAUUUUUUCCUGUCUAAGAAAAAAAAAUUGAGCAUUUGAUAUACAGUAGCCCAGAAAUCAUUUGAAAAAUCCACGUGGUAUUUUUAGCGCCAAAAUUUGAAUUUAAAUAAAUCAUAUUUUUAUUUAGUGAUUGUGAAAAUUGUAAUAACACUUUCUUAAUGUAAUUUUACAAAAGAAUCGUCAUAUUCAAUUUUUUUUGAAACGUAAAAAAUCCACUUUCGAUUUUUUCAACAUUUAUCCAAAAAUUCGAAGUCCUAAUUUUUUCCCGUUUCAGAUUCCCGAAAAAAGUCAUCCAAACGUAUAGUGUUUUUGCAAAUACCGAAGGAAAUUCAUCGACUGAUGUAGUUGUUCAUCCAUAUAAUUGGGUUUUGUCGAUGCAAAGAUUGAUUGAAAAUCCAGGUUUGUUUGCCUGUUUUUUGAGCUGAGAAAUUGUCUCUAAAAAAUCCACCCUAUUUCUCUCUUUCAGACCAUGUCGUCGUUCUCGAUAACGCGGCUCUUCAUCGCCUCGCCGCCGGCAAAUUCAAAACUGACACUCCAACAUUUGACCACAUUAAUUCGCUCGUCGGCCGAAUUAUGUCAACUUCCACCUCAAUGUAUCGAUUCAACUCUUCAAUUUUGCCAAGUAUUCGAUAUUUGGAUAUUGCUCCAUUUCCACCAAUGCAUUUCAUUCAAUCCGGAAUUUCGCCAGUCGUUGAUCCUAGCGAGAAUUUCACGCGAAAAACAUCGGUGGCUGAUGUCACUCGAUUUUUGCUCAAACCAACUUCGAUGAUGGUUUCAACGGCGGCUGGAGUUCGACCAAAUGAUUGUAUGCUCUCGUCUUAUAUGUUUUUGCAAGGACAAAUUGAACCGCAUAAUAUUUUGGCAGCUGAACAGAAUGUUGAUGUGAGUAACGGGGAUUUGUGGGGAGAAAUUUGAUGAAAAUUGUGAAUUCUUAUCAGAAAUUUGAGGAAAAGCUGAAUUUUGAACAUAAAAUUGAGAUAGAUUCAAAAAUCAGAAAUUCGUAGUGACUCCGAAACGAGGAUUCUUUCCUCAAAACAGGAUAUUUUAGAAAUCGUCUGAAAAUUGAAAAAUAGAUGACGUAGAAGUUUUUUCUGAAAAUUCAAAAUUCUUGCCCAAAAAUUAUAGAACACCCAAAAACAGUUUUUUUACACGAAUAAAAUCCCCAACCUUUUCCCCUUCCAAUCUCCAUUUUUUACAGUUCGCCAUUCGUCGCACACCAUUUUAUAUGACAAAACCUCUCAAAAUGAUGCAUGCUCCAUUAUCCCCAUACGUCAAACCACAAUACAAAGUAUCCGGAUUAUUGUUGAACAAUUCGACGAGUGUUGCACCGCUUUUUGAUUCGCUUUUGGCAAAAUAUGACAAAUUACGAUCGAAACGAGCGUUUGUGGAUAAAUUUGAGAAAAUUGUGAGUUUUUUAAGGGAUCAAAUGCAUAUUUUUGAAAAAUUCUUGAUUUUGGAGAGUGUUCAGCUUUUUUGGUUCACUAGAAAUAGGUUAUUAAAAAAUAUGUUUUUUGCUGCAAAUUUUCAAUAUCCAGGGCUUUGAACAAGUAAUAUUCGAUUCAAUAAAUCUCUAAUUUUUCCAGGACAAUUUCUCAUUGGAUAUGAUGGAUGAAGCUGUUCAUUCAGUUCAAGAUUUAUUGGACGAAUAUCGAGCUGUUGUUCAAAAAGAUUAUCUAACUCGAGGACUUUGA